GUCCCGCAGGCAGGCAGGCAGCAUUCCGGGCGGAGAGAGUGAGAGAAAGACACCGGAGCUCCGAGGCCGCACACUGUCACGUCUACCGCCGCAGAACAGGAGCUGAGAGUCCGGAGCAGCGGCCUCGGUCCAGCAGGGUAUGGGCUCUCCAGGCCAAACACCACGGCAAGAAAUGGAUCUCUGAGCUGCUCUGUUUCAUCCAUCUCCAUUUGCUGCCUUGCGUUCUGCUCGCCUAAACCACCUCCUCUGCCCCUGCUGAAGCGGUUUGGCUCAGACUCCUUUCAGAGAAGAAGAAGGGGGGAAAAAACAAACCCAAGUGGGAGGGCGUAGUAAACUUUCCCCAGCUGCCGUGCAGACACACACAUGCUGCAUUACUGCCAUUCCCAAAGCCCUGCUCCAUCCAUCCCUAGGGCACGGCCACUAGCCUGCUAGCGAGCUAGCACUUGGCACCAAAAGAAGCCCUGUCCUCGGGUGUAAAGAAAAAUACAAACAGACUGUGUACACUUGGCCCUUCCUUUCCUUCUCCCUUUGCCAGUGAGCCAGGCACAUUCCCACCAACUGGGGCUUCUUUAGUUUAGCUGUCAUUCCCACUGCUCUAAACAGUGGAGGGUUGUUACUCGCCAGCCAGUCGGUCAUUCUUUCAUUCAGCGCGGCGGACUGAGGAAGCCGCAGGAGUUAUUUAAUCCGAGGCCAGGAUGACGGAGCCCAGCAUGGAGCACUGCCUGGCCCUGGUCCUGCAGAAGGAUGUGGGCCGACGGCUGCAGGUGGGACAGGAGAUCUUAGAUUACAUCUUGGACAAGGAGAAAUCUCACGACAUGGAGCAGGAUCAGACGGCCCUGGACAAGAUGGUGGACGGCAUCGCCAGCUCCUGGGUCAACUCCAGCCACUUUAAGGUGGCUCUGCUCGGCUUGGACCUGUUAUCUGCCUUAGUGACGAGGUUACAGGAGCGGUUCAAGGCCCAGGUGGGAACAGUCCUGCCCAGCCUCAUUGAUCGUCUGGGAGAUGCCAGAGACCAAGUGAGAGACCAGGACCAAACAGUGCUGCUGAAGAUCAUGGAGCAAGCUGCCACCCCACAGUACGUCUGGGACAGAAUGCUGGGAGGCUUCAAACACAAGAACAACAGGACCAGAGAAGGAUUGUGCCUUUGCCUCAUCUCCACACUGAACACAUAUGGAGCUCAAAGCCUGACCCUCAGUAAAAUUGUUCCCCACAUAUGUAAUCUCUUGGGGGACCCCAACAGUCAGGUACGUGAUGGAGCCAUGAGCUCCUUGGUGACGAUCUACAGACACGUGGGCGAGAGGGUGAGGAUGGAUCUCAGCAAAAAGGGCCUGCCGCAGUCACGGUUGAAUGUAAUCUUCAGCAAAUUCGAUGAAGUCCAAAGAUCCGGGAACAUGAUCUCAUCUUCUGGCUCAGAUAAGAACUUCGAGGAUGAGGACUCUGUGGACGGAGGCCGGUCCUCCUCCUCCGCCUCCUCCAAAGCACCCCCCAGUGGCAGGAGGACUGUAGUGAGCUCUGUGAGAAGACCCAGCUCAGCCACCUCUUCUAAGCCCACAAAUAAAGAAGCAGCAGCUGGUGCAGUAGAUGAAGAGGAUUUCAUCAAAGCCUUCACAGACGUUCCAACUGUUCAGAUCUACUCUAACAGAGAGUUCGAGGACCAGCUGGGCAAGAUCAGAGAAGUGCUGAACGAUGACAAACACGACUGGGAGCACCGAGUGGUGGCGCUGAAGAAAGUGCGUUCGCUCAUAUUCGCCGGAGCCAUUGAAUACGAGGGGUUCUGUCAGCAGCUGCGUCUCCUGGAGGCUCCUCUGAAGAUGUCAGCUAAAGACCUGCGCUCUCAGGUGGUCCGCGAGGCCUGCAUCACGCUGGGACAUUUGUCAUCACUUCUGGGAAACAAGUUUGACCACGGAGCCGAGAGCAUCAUGCCCACGCUGCUGAACCUGGUUCCCAACAGCGCCAAAGUCAUGGCCACGUCCGGGGUGGUCACCAUCCGCCUCAUCCUCAGGAACACACACUACCCACGUCUCAUUCCCAUCAUAACCAGUAACUGCCUCUCCAAAUCAGUGGCAGUAAGACGACGCUGCUUUGAGUUCUUAGACCUCAUGUUACAAGAGUGGCACACCAACACCCUGGAGAGACACGUGGCAGUUCUGACGGAGACAAUCAAGAAAGGAAUUCACGAUGCCGACUCUGAGGCCAGAUCCAUUGCUAGAAAGUGCUACUGGGGCUUCCACGGUCACUACAGCCGGGAGGCGGAGCAUCUGUUCCAGGCGCUGGAGUCGCCCUAUCAGAAGGCCCUCCAGUCUCACCUGAAGAGCUCGGACAGCAUUGUGUCUCUGCCUCAGUCCGACCGGUCCUCGUCCUCCUCCCAGGAGAGUCUGAACCGACCUUUGUCUGUGAAGAGCGUCAUCGGAGGGAGCAUGACAAGGAAUAAGCUGGUUCCCUCCAGGGCGUCCACCACACCGGGUUCCCUCCAGCGCUCACGCAGCGACAUCGAUGUGAACGCAGCCUCCAGCUCCAAGUCCCGCUUGUCCACCGUGCCCGCUGCCUCCUCAGCAUUCAGCUCUGCAGCCGCCCUCCCUCCGGGGUCCUACGCCUCAUUAGGUCGUGUUCGGACCAGGAGACAAAGCUCCGGCAGCGCGGGUGGAGCCAAUACUUCAUUGGUGGACAGCAGGGGGCGAAGUCGAGCCAAAGUGGUCUCCCAGUCCCAGCGAUCCAGAUCAGCCAAUCCCAUCAGUGCUGGCAGUCGCUCCAGCUCCCCGGGCAAGCUGCUCGGCCACGGCAGCUAUGGCCGGAUCCCUCGAGCCACGGUGUCCGCCUCCACCACGCCGGCUGACAAGCGCACCAGGAUCCCUCGAAGCCAGGGCUGCAGCCGAGAGACGAGUCCCAGCCGACUGGGUCUGGCCCGGAGCCGCAUUCCCCGUCCCAGCAUGAGUCAAGGUUGUAGUCGCGACACCAGUCGUGAGAGCAGCCGCGACACCAGCCCUGCUCGGGGCUUCGGCCCUAUGGCUUCCCGACGUCAAUCCCGUUCAACCAGCGCUCUCUCCACAUCCGACCCCCACGGCCAGUCAGACCGUUACGGUUUGAUUCAUCAAGCGAGAAUCUCUGCAUCAGUGAACGCCAUGAGGGUCCUGAACACCGGCACUGAGGUGGAGGCAGCCGUUGCCGAUGCUCUGCUAUUAGGAGACUCCAGGAAUAAGAGGAAGCCACUGAGGCGGAGGUACGAGUCCCCGGGGAUGUACUCUGAUGAUGACGCCAACAGUGACGCGUCCAGCGCCUGCUCCGAGCGCUCCUACGGGUCUCGAAACGGAGGAAUACCUCAUUACCUGCGCCAGACAGAGGACGUGGCAGAGGUCCUGAACCACUGCGCCAGCUCCAACUGGUCCGAGAGGAAGGAGGGACUGAUGGGUCUGCAGAACCUGCUCAAGAGCCAAAGAAUACUGAGUCGAGUGGAGCUGAAGAGACUUUGUGAGAUCUUCACAAGGAUGUUUGCAGAUCCACAUAGCAAGAGAGUGUUCAGCAUGUUUCUGGAGACGCUGGUGGACUUCGUCACGGUGCACAGGGAGGACCUGCAGGACUGGCUGUUUGUCCUGCUCACUCAGCUGCUGAAGAAAAUGGGGGCAGACCUGCUCGGCUCCGUCCAGGCCAAAGUCCAGAAGGCCCUGGACAUCACAAGGGAGUCUUUCCCGUUCGACCAACAGUUCAACAUCCUGAUGAGGUUCAUCGUGGAUCAGACUCAGACGCCAAACCUCAAGGUCAAAGUGGCCAUUCUGAAGUACAUCGAGUCCCUGGGUCGACACAUGGACCCGACGGACUUUGUCAACUCCAGCGAGACGCGCCUGGCGGUGUCUCGCAUCAUCACCUGGACGACUGAGCCCAAGAGCUCUGACGUUAGGAAGGCGGCGCAGGUGGUCCUGAUCUCCUUGUUUGAGCUCAACACCCCCGAGUUCACCAUGCUGCUGGGAGCUCUGCCCAAGACCUUCCAGGACGGAGCCACCAAGCUGCUCCACAACCACCUGAAGAACUCCAGCAACACCAGCAGCAACGUGGGCUCACCGAGCAACACCAUUGGUCGGACGCCGGCACGCCACACCCCCAGCAGGACCAGCCCCCUCACCUCCCCGACAAACUGCUCCCACGGCGGACUGUCUCCAAGUCGGUUAUGGGGCUGGGGUGUCGACGGCCUGUCAAAGCACCCCCCUGCUCCUGCUCCUGCUCCUCCUGCUCCUGCUCCUCCUCAGCCUCACUCCACCCCUGCCACCCCCUCCCAAAGGGUCCUGCGCAGAGCAUAUUCCCCCAGUAUGAUGGAGUACGACACUGAGAACAUGAACUCGGAGGAGAUCUACAGCUCGCUCCGUGGUGUCACUGAGGCCAUUCAGAGCUUCAGCUACCGGAGCCAGGAGGACCUGAAUGAGCCAAUCAGACGGGAGGGCAAGAGGGACGAUGCUGCCGGGCGAGAAGGAGUAGCUCCGUCCCCUGGCUCUGACGCUCGCCUGGGCUUGGACGUGGUGGAAGGAGGUCGCACGGCCUUGGAUAACAAAACCUCUCUGCUCAACACGCCCUCGCCACGCUCCUUCUCCGGGCCGCGCGGCCGCGAGUUUGCUCCCUACGGCUACGGAGAAACCAUCUGUACCUAUGACAAGUCUGCCUUGAAGGAGGCCGUGUUCGACGAUGACGUGGAGCAGUUCCGUGACUUCGGUCAGGACCACUCCGACCUCGUAGCCGACCUCCUCAAGGAGCUGUCCAAUCACAACGAGCGCUCAGAGGAGCGUAAAGGCGCCCUGGUGGAGCUGCUGAAGAUCACCCGAGAGGACAGCCCGUCCGUGUGGGACGAGCACUUCAAGACCAUCCUGCUCCUCCUGCUGGAGACGCUGAGUGAUAAAGAUCACACCAUCCGAGCCAUGGCCCUGCGCGUGCUCAAAGAAAUCCUGAAGAAUCAGCCGGCUCGCUUCAAAAAUUAUGCGGAGCUGACGAUCAUGAAGACGCUGGAGGCGCACAAAGACUCGCACAAGGAGGUGGUGCGUGCAGCUGAGGAGGCUGCCACCACCCUGGCCGGCUCCAUCCACCCGGAGCAGUGCAUCAAGGUCCUGUGCCCUAUUGUCCAGACGGCCGACUACCCCAUCAACCUGGCCGCCAUCAAGAUGCAAACUAAAGUCAUCGAGCGCAUCACCAAGGAAUCCCUGGUGCAGCUGCUGCCCGACAUCAUCCCCGGACUCCUGCAGGGCUAUGACAACACAGAGAGCAGCGUACGCAAGGCCAGCGUGUUCUGUCUGGUGGCCAUCUACUCUGUGAUUGGCGAGGAUCUCAAACCCCAUCUGGCUCAACUCACGGGCAGCAAGAUGAAGCUGCUGAACCUGUACAUCAAGCGAGCCCAGACGACCAACAGCAACAGCAGCAGCUCCUCUGACGUCUCCUCUCACAGCUAAUGGAGCGGUGGGGGGGGAAACGGCGUGGAUGGGCGUGGGCGUGGCCGAGCUUCUCUAAGACUUCUCCGUGUCUGAGCUUCCCCUCCUCUUCCUCCUCCUCCUCUUUUUCCUCCUCCUCCUCAUCAUCACAAAGCUCCACUGCGCUUCUCUCCUGUUUCAAGGGGCUGCCGUCAACCUGUGUGUCCAGCCCCCCCCACCCCCCCAUCCCCGUGCUCUCAAUGCUUGUGAAUGUAACUCCGGGCCGGUUUCAGACUCGACUCGUUGAGAGUCUUGUGGACGUGGGGACGCCCCCCCGCCCUGCCUUCUGUCAAAGUUCUCCUCUUCCUCCCUGAGCUCAGAUCUGGGAGCAGCCGGAGUUCGUACACGAGUUAUUUUCACGUCAGAGGAGAGAAACGUGUCUGAGAUCAGUUUCAAAACAAUUCUGGAUGAAGUGUCAUUUGGCUGGCCCAAUGAUGGUAACACGCCUCUAGGCUGGGGGGGGGAUUCUGGUUUGGGAGCAUGAAAACCAAAUAUUACACGAAAAUGUGCAAGGGAACAAUGUGACAUAAAAAGAAAGUACUGUAUAAUCCUUUUAAGUUAAUGUUUUAAGUUAAUGAUCUGGCUUCAUAGAAGCCUGGGCUUUGAUUGUAGUCUUUUUUUUAUGUUUGUUUAUAAUUAAACGUGGCUCGUUCGAUUCAAUCCCCCUUUGACAAAAAUUCUCAGCUCGAGAAGUGACUCCUUCAAACGUGUGCACGUCUUAACGUUGAGCUGGAGAACAUGAGAUAUCCUUUGAAGUGCACCUUUUAGAAAGUUUGAAGUGAACUUCACGAUCAGCAGUCGAGCUUUGACCCGGGAGAAGUUGUGUGUCCUGUGUUUUCCCUCUGGACUCGUGGAACCGGAGCUUCUCACAAACCAGCGACACGGAAAUCCCGGCUGCUGCUCGGGACCACGUGCGCUGAGUGACUGUCUGAAGAGGACGGCUGUGUAAAUACUACAAGCUGAGACAGAGACACAGAGACACAGAGACACAGAGACACAGAGACUGUCAUGAAGACAUUCCCAGGCCUUAUUCACUUCACACACGACUGGGACUGCAGAGUGGGACUGGGACGUGCAGCACUGGGGCUCCAUUGCUCAAACUGUGAAUCUGCAGGAGAAUGAACCCUGGUGGAAUCUUUGCUGAAGAAGCAAACCCAGUAUGAGUUGUUGCUGCCCCCCCGACUUGUAGCCACAGCUUCUGCAAUAACCCUCAACACAAACACACAUAAAGGUUUUUUGUACAUACACACUUUUUCACCACUGCUUCGCAAAACUUUGAACAAAAAGUCAGUAAGAAGUGAAACAUGCUCCGGACUCUUUCUGCACGUUUGCAAAAAUAGCUCGCAUGAAAUCUGCAGCACUAUUUGUCGGCGUUGUGCGAUUUUUGCAGGGCCCAGGUUGUCGGCUGUUCAAGUGCACUUGUAACAUCCCCAGGUUCCUCAUCUCUGACGUGUGGAAGACGGUACAAAGUGGAUCAGCGGCUGUGGACCACAACACAACGUGUGUUUGGUAGAAAGCGAGUCGGUAGAUGUCGAGGAAAUCGAACCUCCGAGCACGAUUGUGUGUUUUAUCUUAUCAGCUCCAAGUCUGAGCUUUAAAAUGUUUGAUGAUCGGUGGUGAGGAUGAGUUUCCUCAUGGGAUCAGUUAUUUAUUAUUGGAUAUGAUUUGGUUGAUCGUGGUACAGUUCAUCUGCUGUAGAGAAGGAUCAGACUGCUACUGCUUCUUUCUUUUUAAAUUCUCCUCAUUUGCUAACUUCUAGCAAAUCAAUAACAAUGAUAAUAAGAAGAAUGAAUAUUAAUAGGAUGUUCACUUUGACACACACACACACACACACACUGAGACCAAGUGGCCAAUUCUGCUUAUCUAAGUAAACGAAUGUACAGAAUCUGCAUAUGUUUAUAAUUUGCUUUAUGAGUAUUGGUACUGAAAGUAAACAACGAUUUGCCUGCUUGACUUUCACCGACAUCCCUCGGACGCCCUCGCCGGUGAUCGGCCGAGCUUUUGCCAAACGAGGGUAAAGUCCAGCGAAGCUCCGGCACGGCUGCUCCCAGAACAGCCGGGAUGCCGUUCCCCUCGCCAGCUGUUCACUAUGCAUGUUCUGCAGCACACUGUCUUUCUUUUGUCAUGUAAUAUUCAUACCUGUAUUUAUAUAUUUUAUCUUAUUUUAUUUGAUUCUCUCAUGAUAAACUGUACAGAAUGUUUUUUUUGUUUUGUUCUGUUGUUUUUGUUUGUUAAAAUACACCUGUGAUAGAUUUGCAACGAUAAUAAGAAACUGUUUGCUCUCGAAAAAUAAAACCAACUCAGAGCUCA